AGGCGGAGACUUUGUCUUUCUUUCUUUCUAUCUUUCUUUUAUUUCUCUCUCUGAUAUUUGAAUUUCAAAAUCUCUCUUUCUCUUUCCCCAAUUUCCUCCAAGUCCCCACACCUCUAGAGCUUCUCUCAUUAUCACCAGAAGACAUUAAAAAUUCUCACAAGAAAAAAACGCUCAAAAACGUUUCAUUCAUCUAAACGGCUACAUUUCCCCCCUAUUUUCUGAUCUCAAAAUCAAAACCUAUUUGACGAAAUCACCAAAAGUAUUUCCUAGGGAUUUGAAAUUUUUUCUUCCUCUUCGGUUUUUUGUUUGGAUCGGUUGAAAUUCUUCUUCAAUUUCAGGUCGUUUUAGUUAUUACUGUACAAGUUGGAGGUUGUUGUUAUAACACGAUUAUUCAGUUUCUCUAGAUCUUCUUCUUCGAUCAGAGAAAAAUUGCAUCAACAUGUCUACUAAUACUCCAAAUGAUCAGCUUCUCCAAGCAGAAACAACUUGUGGAUCUCUGCUAUAUGAGCUUCAGAUAAUAUGGGAUGAAGUUGGAGAGUCUGAUGCUGACAGAGAUAAAAUGUUGUAUGAACUUGAACAAGAGUGUCUUGAAGUAUACAGAAGAAAGGUAGACCAAGCUAACAAGUCUAGAGCUCAGCUAAGGCAAGCAAUUGCAGAUUCUGAAGCGGAGCUAGCAGCUAUUUGUUCAGCAAUGGGUGAACGGCCAGUCCACAUCAGACAGGCUGAUCAGAAGAGCACUGGCAAAUUAAAGGAAGAACUGAGGGCCAUUAUUCCACAGCUUGACGAGAUGAAGAAAAGAAAAUGGGAGAGGCGGAAUCAGUUUGUCGAAGUUCUUGACCAUAUUCAGAAAAUUGCAAGUGAGAUAUUUACACCAGCUGAAAAUUCUUUUGCCAAAACAGUUAUCGAUGAAACUGAUUUAUCCUUAAAGAAGCUUGAAGACUUGCAUAGACAGUUGCAGGCACUACAAAUGGAGAAGAGUGACAGGAUGAAGCAAGUCUUGGAUCACCUAAGCACUUUAAACUCAUUGUGCUUGGUACUUGGCAUUGACUUCAAUCACACAGUGAGGGAGGUUCAUUCUAGUUUGGAUGAUUCUGAAGGAGCCAAGAAUAUAAGUAAUGAUACAAUUCAAAGACUUGUGGCUGCAAUAGAUGGGCUAAGAGAAGUGAAGAGGCAAAGAAUGCAGAAGCUUCAAGAUCUUGCCAGCAGUAUGUUGGAGCUAUGGAACUUGAUGGAUACACCAGUUGAGGAGCAGCAAAUGUUCCAAAAUGUUACCUGUAAUAUUGCUGCCUCGGAGCAUGAAAUUACAGAGCCCAACACUCUGUCUGUUGACUUCAUUAACUAUGUGGCGACAGAAGUUUCCAGGUUGGAAGAGCUGAAGUCAAGCAAGAUGAAAGAGCUUGUCUUGAAGAAAAGGUCAGAGCUGGAGGAAAUUUGCAGGCGUACCCACAUGGUUGUAGAGGCAGAGUGUGGGAUGCAAUAUGCAAUUGAAGCUAUUGAAUCAGGAGCCAUCGACCCAGCUGCUGUUUUGGAACAAAUGGAGCUUCAAGUUGCAAAGGUCAAAGAGGAAGCUUUUAGCAGGAAAGAUAUACUUGAAAGGGUAGACAAAUGGAUGACUGCCUGCGAGGAGGAGGCCUGGCUCGAGGAGUAUAAUAGGGAUGAUAAUCGUUAUAAUGCUGGAAGAGGUGCACAUCUGACUCUGAAGCGCGCUGAAAAAGCUCGUGCAGCAGUUAACAAGCUGCCAGCAAUGGUUGAGGCCCUGGCAUCUAAAAUCACAGCUUGGGAGAAUGAAAGAGGAGUUGAGUUUACAUAUGAUGGCAUUCGACUUCUUUCUAUGCUUGAAGAGUACAGUAUUGUACGACAAGAAAAAGAGCAAGAAGUUAAAAGGCAGCGAGAUCAAAAGAAGCGGCAAGGACAACUAAUAGCAGAGCAGGAAGUUCUGUUUGGGUCAAAGCCGAGUCCUUCGAAACCCCAGAGUACAAAAAAGAUACCAAGUAGACCAUCAACUGGAGGUGGUGGUGGUCACCAUAGAAGACUCUCUCUUGGUGGAGCCAACUUGCAAACUCCCAAACCUACGCCAAAAUCAACGCGAAAGAGUGAUCGUGUACAUCACCAGGAGGAUGGUGCAGGUUUAUCCGCAGGAAGUAGAGGUUUAGAUAUUGCUGGUCUCCCUGUGAAAAAGCACUCAUUCAAUUCCACUAAUGCUUAUCAAACCGAAUCACCCAUGACACGAAAACCCUUCUCUCCUGUUACUUCUGCUGUCUCAGCAAAGGUCAACACAGCAAAUCUUCUACAACCAGUUUACACGACACCUUCAAAGGUAAAUAGUUUGGUGGAUGAAGAGAACAUGACCCCCAGAGUGGUGGUGCCUAAGACUCCUUAUACACCCAUGCAGACUGCUAUGACACCAGCUCCUCCUCCCGUUACACGGGAGAUUGAGUACUCAUUCGAGGAGAGAAGAGCUGGUUUUGUCUGAUUAUGUUUCUGGUUUUCCUUUGCUGUUGCCAUUUUUUUUUCUCUUGGAAAGAUUUUGUGAUGGUUGAAGUCAAUUUGCAAUUGGCUUUUCUUUUUAUGUAUAUAUACGUAAGACAGACAUAAGAACGUGGAUUAGAAUGUCAACUCUUUCUAGACGUCUAUCUCUUUCCAUAUGAAUGUGUAGGAUUUGGUAUUUCCCCUUCAAGAAUGUAACAGUAGAAGUUUAGGAGUGUAUCUAUACAUGUUGAUUUCGGUUUUUUGAACCGCUCAA